UGCUAGUAGUCCAGUGAAAUUUUGACAGUUUGUUUCUUGCUUUUGGAAAGGAAGGUUGGUAGCACCGGUUAAAAUCGUAAUCAAAACUAAAUACUCGGGACGGAACAAAAACAAAUAGCAGUGCUCGCUCGCAGUGGUGAUAAAUUUGUUGUAGUAAGCAAAUAGCAAAGCAGCGGCGCACAAAAGUGUGAAACAAAGAGAGAGAGAGCGAGCGAGAAGUAGAAGGAAGAAAGAAGAGGCAACAGCAACACUUCACAACAACAGUUUGCAUUGCUUUUGGGGAAUCGUUGGUGCUCCCGCAGUGGCGCUACCGACUGUUCGUCUUCUCAUCUACAGUUCAUUCAAUGGUGUGUGUGUGUACGAUAUAUUAACAUAUAUUUGUUGUUGCAUUGAUGUAGUCGUUCCGUCGCACCACACACUUUGUGCACAAAUUGAUUACCACUAGAACGCCUCUUUAGGAAACUGAAGAUGGAGAAGCUUUAUUAAGCACAGCGUAUGGAGCGUAGCUGACGAGCAGAAGAAGACAUAAUAACGCGAUUUUUAAUUCCCGAAGUCGAUGCCGAUGUAAUUCAACAAGUGCAUUAUUUUUUUUAGACAAAUAAAAAAAUAAUAUUUAGAAAAACUAAACUAAUCAGCAAAAAUAUAACUAUAAAAGGAACGCACCGUCAAAAAUCAAGAAGUGUAUUAACACGAUAACUCUGCAGACGCUAUGACCAUUAUACUAUUUUUGGUCGACACAUCCGCGUCGAUGUGUCAAAAAGCAUACGUGAAUGGUGUACAAAAAUCAUAUCUGGAUAUAGCGAAGGGCGCUGUAGAGACAUUCCUGAAAUAUCGCCAACGAACACAGGAUUGCCUAGGUGAUCGCUAUAUGCUGUUAACUUUCGAAGAACCACCCGCUAAUGUAAAGGCCGGUUGGAAAGAGAAUCAUGCAACAUUCAUGAACGAGCUGAAAAAUCUGCAAAGCAAUGGACUCACCUCAAUGGGUGAAUCAUUAAAGAAUGCCUUCGAUUUAUUAAAUCUGAAUCGCAUGCAAUCCGGAAUCGACACAUACGGUCAGGGACGGUGUCCAUUUUACUUGGAGCCGUCUGUAAUCAUUGUGAUCACCGAUGGUGGACGGUAUUCGUACCGUAAUGGUGUACACCAAGAUAUCAUACUGCCGUUAAAUACACAAAUACCAGGAACAAAUUUCACAAAAGAACCAUUUCGUUGGGACCAACGACUAUUUUCGUUAGUUCUACGUAUGCCUGGCAAUAAAGUGGAUGAACGAGCUGAGGGCAAAGUACCGCACGAUGAUUCGCCCAUAGAACGUAUGUGUGUGGUGACAGGAGGACGUUCGUAUCGUGUUCGUUCGCAUUAUGUUCUAAAUCAAUGUAUAGAGAGUUUGGUGCAGAAAGUGCAACCGGGAGUCGUCUUACAAUUUGAACCAAUGCUACCGAAAGACGGCGUGCCAAAUGAAGCGCUUCAAGACAUAAUAUUUCAACCAAUGAAGAAAAUGAUCUAUGUGCAAAAACAUAUAUCACAAAAGACCUUCCCAAUUGGAUACUGGCCCUUGCCGGAACCAUAUUGGCCCGACCCGAAGGCGGUUACUUUGCCGCCCCGCGAUGCACACCCCAAAUUGAAAGUAGUCACACCCGCAGUUGACGAACCGCAAAUGGUGCGUAGUUUUCCUGUUGACAAGUACGAAAUCGAAGGCAGUCCGCUGACCUUGCAGAUAUUGCAAAAACGCGAAAUGAACAAAUGUUGGCAAGUGAUCAUAUCGAACGGAAUGCAUGGUUUUGAUUUACCAUUUGGUUAUUUGAAGGCCUCGCAGAAUUUAACACAAGUACAUCUGUAUGUAUUGGCGUAUAACUAUCCGGCGUUAUUGCCGCUGCUGCACGACCUUAUACACAAGUAUAAUAUGAGUCCGCCCAACGAUCUCAUGUAUAAGUUUAACGCUUAUGUGCGCUCAAUACCGCCAUACUACUGCCCGUUUUUGCGAAAAGCGUUACUAAACAUCAAUGUACCGUAUCAGCUGCUCCAAUUUCUAUUGCCGGAAAAUGUCGACAAUUAUCUGUCACCGAACAUCGCCAAUCAGUUGAAGCAUAUCAAAAACACCGCAAAGCAAGACCAAGAAAAUCUCUGUAUGAAGGUGUAUAAACAGUUGAAACAACCGAAACCGCCGUAUCGACAAAUCGAAACAGCAAAAUUAAAUCCCGGCGUACCGUUAAGACGCGAUCUGGUACGUCAUCCAUUGUUGAGAGAGACCUUUUCUAAAUUACACGCCGAGAUUGAACCACUUGAGAACUACACCAUUGUUGUGCCACAGCUAACGCGUCAAUCGUCGGCGAAGUCAUACCGCAAUCCAUUCGAUAUACCACGCCGCGAUUUGAUGGAAGAAAUAGCGCGCAUGCGCGAAACUGUGCUACGACCCACACCUACCAGUUUGGUGGCGAAAGAUUCCGGACACUGCCUACCCAUUGCCGAAAUGGGUAACUAUCAGGAAUACUUGAAGAAUAAGGAUAAUCCUUUGCGUGAAAUCGAACCGACGAACGUGAGACAACACAUGUUUGGCAAUCCAUACAAAAAGGAUAAGCAUAUGGUUAUGGUGGACGAAGCAGAUCUCAGUGAUGUGGCGCCAAUGAAAUCAAAUAAUGGUGCCGGUGGUGCGCCACUACCGGGUGCGCCAGGUGGCAUUGUGCCAAAGAAAAUCGAUGCAUCACGUGCACGCAAGCGCAAAGCCGGUCCCAUACGCAAGGACUACAUAUUUCGACGUACUUCCACGGACGUGCGACCUAGCACACCAAGUUUGAAUGUAACAUCUGCAAAUGCUUCAAGCUCCUCGGUUUCUUCAAUGUCCGAUUUUGAUGAUGACAGCGCUUCAGAGACCGGGUCCAUAUCAUCGAAUAUGUCCGAUGACGGUGAUCCGGAUAGACUUGUUGUUGCGUUUGAUUUCAACGAAGACGAACCUGGUGAACCGCUAAUUAAUGGUUAUGUACGUAAUUUCAUCAACGGUAUUAGCGACGAAAGUAGCUGUGAUUCCGAUAUGAGUGGGCCCAGCACAACGCCGAUCAAUUCGACGGCUGGUAUUAGCAUGACGGUUGGUGGCACAUUGCCACUGCCACCUGUGGUACAGAUGCCGGGCAAUAACAAUGUAUUAACACCCAUGUCGCCGCCAGGUUCCCCACAACCCUAUAUAAAUAAUUUUGGUCAAUCGAUUAUGACACCUGUGGAUGUGGCGCCUGCUGCUGUUAGCUCUAUAGUAGCGCCAAACGUGUUGACAAAUACCAACGCAACGAUAGCGCCUAACGUUUUCGCUGCACCACUUCAAAUCAACGGUAACGCUUUGCUUAGUAUUCCUACAACCACGCCUGCACUGGGAGCGCCAGUAUCCGUUGCAACCCCAGCGACAGUCACACUUAACACCCAAGCACCUGCCUAUCAACACAACGAUAUUAACGAUGCUCAAGAAAUUUCGCGCAUAUUACAACAAUGCCACAAUGGCAAUACUGGCAUAUCGAAUACUGCUGCCGCGCCGAAUCCCGACACUGCAGCCAUUGCAGUUGCGCAAGUCAAAAUGGAAACAGCAGAGUCUGUGCUAAUGCCACCACCAUCAGCCGCAGUGGCGAAUUCCCUCUCAACUGUGACACUUUCAACCAAUUUCGAUACGUUGAAACGCGAGUCAAUGACCAAUAAUGUGGGUAUAGCCAAUUCCAAUCAUGUGACCAAUCAUAAUCAACACAACAGCGUUAACAGUAUAACAAGUAGCAAUAAUAUCGGUAACGGCGCUAGUCAACGUAACUCAAUUGUGGUGUCGGGUCCACCGCCACUCACAGAUGAACAACGCGAUGCCGCACGUAAACAUAACCUAGAAAUACGAACACAAGUUUUUCGCGAUAUACGACGUCCAGGUCGUAAUUAUACACAAUUGUUAGAACAUCUCAAUUUAAUUAAGGGCGAUUUUGAAAUGAAAUCUAAUUUUAUAAAAAUGUGCAUCAGCGAAUCGUUGCGUUUCCGACGAAAACAAAUGAUUGACAGCAUACAGGAGUGGUGGGACAAGAAACAGCAACAAUUACAAACCACAACAACAACGGCGGCAAGUUAACAAUUACUAUUAUGGAGUAUCAAUUGAGCUAGUGAGCCAUAUACAGGCAAACCCGUCAACGGCGAUAGUUUUCGUUAAAAAAAGAGAGAAAUACCCUAAGAUCAUCAUAGACCACCGAGCCACACAGGCUGAUCUUAUCAAAUGCAAAAUUAUAAGCCCAAAAUGUGUACAAGUUGUUGUAUGUGACAUGCCGAUUGCUAAUCAAAUUACACUUAAGGGUGCGUUGUAUAAAUGUACGUGUGUGUGUAUGCGGGCGAGUGGGUGCUCAUUUUCGUUAAAGAAAACGGGUACUAAAUGUGGUUCUUCACAAAAAAAAAAAAACAAA